CAAAAGUUCCUCCUUUUCUUAUGAUCCCUUUUCAUUUUCUUUCAUUUUCAAAUUCAAAACUGACCGUUGCAAAUAUCUUUCCUUUUUCUAUUACACCCAAACUCCAAAUCUCAUUCAUAAAAUUACUCUCUUGCUCAUUCUCCAAAACACAAAAACCAAUCCAAGUUUUCAAAUGGCACUCAGAUCUCUCGAUAACGCUCUCCCUGUUGCACUUGAAAGACCCAAAAAACAAGCAAAAGUCAUAGCAGCAGUAAAUCAUAAUCAGAAACCGUCUGAAGUUGUUGUCAAUGAUGAAAACAAGGCUCCUGUGCCAGAUUCCACCGUUGAUUACAUCCCAUCUGAAAAUCUUGAACCUAUUCCCGACCCAGAUAGCAAAAUCCAGGGACUUGUUGAAGGGUUGGAAUCUAAAGAUUGGUUGGAAAUUUGUCACUCACUGAAUGAUACUAGGCGAUUUGUGUUGUUUCACUCUGCUCUCUUGCUGCCAAUUUUGGACAAAGUUAUGUUGGUGAUUGUUAAGUCAAUGAAAAAUCCAAGAAGUGCUCUUUGCAAGACUUCUGUCAUGGCUUCAGCUGAUAUCUUCAAAGCUUUUGGUGAUAAGUUAUUCGAAUCGCCUAUUUCUGAUGCAUUCGAAAAUGUGCUUUUGCAGCUGCUGCUGAAGGCUUCUCAAGACAAGAAGUUUGUUUGUGAAGAAGCAGAUAAGGCACUUAAGGCAAUGGUGGAGUCAAUGACUCCUCUUCCUUUGCUCCAUAAGCUUCAUACCUAUGUGAAACAUUCCAACAUGAGAAUCAGAGCAAAAGCUGCAGUCUCAAUUUCAGAUUGUGUUUCUAAAAUGGAACGGAAUGGAAUGGAGGAGUUUGGAUUCGUUUCUUUGGUUCAAACUGCUGUAAAUUUGCUUAAUGAUCGACUUCCUGAGGCAAGAGAAGCAGCUAGAAGUAUAGUGGUUUCAGUAUACGAGGCGUUAACAGAGAAUGAAGAGCAGAAACAAGAGACAUGGCAAGACUUUUGCCAGUCUAAUCUUCCAGCUAUUCAUGCACAAGCCAUGGUUAAAAUUGUAUCUUCCUAGUAAACUUUAUAAAAGACAGAGUAAUAGCAGUAAAAGCUCUUGUUGAGUGAGCCUACUUCAUGUAUUAUCAUUUUGUUCCCAAAAGUUUGUUUGAGAAGUAAUUUAAGUGAAAUAAUAGUUUUCACUCACAAGUC